GCAGUCUUUAUGCGCCGUGAGCGUGCGGUGAAGUUCUGGAUGGACAGAGAGUCCCUCGAUCGCAAGUCCGCUCUAGAACGAUGGGACUUGGAAGUCGAGCAGUCGAAGCACAGGGACCAAGCCGGUCCUGCAGAAAGCAGACUUCGCAUUCCUGUCAAGAUUGAGGAUUUCUUGGUGGUCGAGGACAGUGACAUCUACGAGAAAGAGAAGCUCCUUGAGCACAAGCGGACGAAGUACAAUGAGGAGCAGGACAUGCUCAUGGAUGAUGCGCUUGAGUCUGGCCGGGCAGCAGCCUCUUCAGGCAUUGAUCGAAUGGGUGUGAGUAAUCUGGAGAACACAGGCUUGAUCUCCGCUACCUUCGGCAGGAAGGCUGUGCUGAGUGACACUGCUGCAGCCUUCCAGGCACCGCAUGAUGGCCCAGGAAGUCAGCCUGACCAGAAGACCCCCAAAAAGCUGGCUGCGUUUGAUGUUGGUCUUGAGCGCAUUGUUUUGAAAGACAGGCUCGUCACUGCAUUGGACAAGGAGUUGGGAUCGUUGCGUGGUGUCAUGGAAUCCACACUGGCGACUUUGCAGGACCCAAGCUUUCAGGCUGCGCUCGUCGACAGUGUCGCUGAAUGCUUGAUUGGCAGCUACACGGCUGGGCAGACCGACGUUGAUCAGAUCGCAGCGGAUCAGGACAGCCAGAGGCUUCUUCGCUGCCUCCAGACUACGCCAGCUGAGCUGCCGGACAUUUUCAAGAAC